AUGGAAGUUUACAGUCCCAAGGAUCGGAAAUUAUAUUUCAUAUGCGAAGAACAUGCACGGAACAAUGAACAAUUUUUUGGCAAAAUUCUCCGUAAAAAUUUUACCUGGCUUAUUGGAGAUCACAUCGCAAUUUUCACAUUAAAUUUUCAGAUUUUGGCAACGACAAGAAGCGACAAAUUAGGCGAUAAAGAGGCAUUGAUGGCCGUCGACUUUUUUGACAGAUAUAUUUUUGGACUGAAUGCAAAGUUGGCAGCAUGCUUGGCUGCUCUUUUACCUGGAAUUGGCUGCUAUAUUUGCAUUUUAUAUAGUUUUAUCGUCCAAUCUGAACGAAUAUCAAACUAUACAACUGAUGGGUGUCCUCAAAUUCGCAAUUCCUUGCCUCCCGUCAGUUUUAUGAUUGGCGUUUGGGAACCGCAGAAAUUUAUAUGGCAAUUUGUGAUAUUCAUUCAUUUACCAUUUCGAUCACUUUAUCCAAUUGUAAUUCUUUUAAUGUAUCAUGCAAUUGGCUAUGGAGUUUGGCUACUAUCGUUCAAUUUUAACAUGUUUUUCACGUUGAUUCUUCACUAUAUUACUGGAUUGUGGCGAUUCACACCAAAAGUAUAA